CACAAAAAGAAAGGACGGGACUUUUGGCGGGGGCGGGGGGGGGGGGGUCCUCUUCGUGGCGGCCAUUUUGGCUUCUCUGAGGUGUGUUCACCGGAUCAGAGAUAGCAGAGCGCCGGGUUGGGGCCACGAAGGCGUGAGGGGAGUCGUUGUCCCUGCUGCACGAAAGGGUCUAAGCUUUGGCGACGCCGCCCUGGGGGACCCACGUCAGGAGGGACCGCUGUCCCCGGGUCCCUACCAUGGUCGCCCGCCGCUCCCGGCCCAGCUCUACCCACAAAGUCUGAUGGCAGCGGCCACUCUGAGGACGCCAGCUCAGGGCACUGUGACCUUUGAAGAUGUGGCCGUACACUUCUCCUGGGAGGAAUGGGGUCUCCUUGAUGAGGCUCAAAGAUGCCUGUACCGUGAUGUGAUGCUGGAGAACUUGGCUCUUUUAACCUCUCUAGAUGUUCAUCACCAGAAGCAGCACCUUGGAGAAAAACAUUUCAGAAGCAAUGUGGGCAGAGCCAUGUUUGUGAAGACCUGCACAUUCCAUGUGUCAGGGGAGCCUUCCACCUGCAGAGAAGUUGGGAAGGACUUCCUGGCCAAGUUGGGAUUUCUCCAUCAACAGGCUGCUCACACUGGGGAGCAAUCAAAUAGCAGAAGCGAUGGUGGGGCUGUCAGUCACAGAGGAAAAACUCAUUACAACUGUGGAGAACACACAAAAGCAUUCAGCCGUAAACACAUACUUGUUCAGCAGCAGAGAACCCUCACUACAGAAAGAUGUUACAUAUGCAGUGAAUGUGGGAAAUCCUUUAGCAAAAGCUACAGCCUCAAUGACCAUUGGAGAGUUCACACUGGAGAAAAGCCUUAUGAAUGUCGAGAGUGUGGGAAGUCCUUUAGGCAAAGCUCUAGUCUCAUUCAGCAUCGGAGAGUUCACACUGCAGUACGACCUCAUGAAUGUGAUGAAUGUGGAAAAUUAUUUAGCAACAAGUCUAACCUCAUUAAACAUCGGAGAGUUCACACUGGGGAAAGGCCAUAUGAGUGCAGUGAAUGUGGGAAAUCCUUUAGCCAAAGGUCUGCACUCCUUCAACAUCGGGGAGUUCACACUGGGGAGAGGCCUUAUGAGUGCAGUGAAUGUGGGAAGUUUUUUACAUAUCAUUCUAGUCUCAUAAAGCACCAGAAAGUUCACAGUGGAUCCAGGCCUUAUGAGUGCAGCGAAUGUGGGAAGUCAUUUAGCCAAAACUCUAGCCUCAUUGAACACCAUAGGGUUCACACUGGAGAAAGGCCUUAUAAGUGCAGCGAAUGUGGGAAAUCCUUUAGCCAAAGGUCUGCACUCCUUCAACAUCGGGGAGUUCACACUGGGGAGAGGCCUUAUGAGUGCAGUGAAUGUGGGAAGUUCUUUCCCUACAGCUCCAGUCUCCGAAAACACCAGAGAGUUCACACCGGAUCAAGACCCUAUGAGUGCAGUGAAUGUGGAAAAUCCUUUACUCAAAAUUCCGGCCUCAUUAAGCACAGGAGGGUUCACACGGGGGAGAAGCCUUAUAAGUGCAGUGAAUGUGGGAAAUCCUUUAGCCAUAACUCCAGCCUUAUUAAACAUCAGAGAAUUCAUAGUCGAUAAAAGCCUUAUGAGUGGCAAAUGUGGAAAAUCUAUUAGCACCCUGGAGAAAGUCCUUGAGUACACAGUGAAUGUCAGAAAGCUUCAGCUGAAGGCCGUAUCUCAUUGAGUGCCACACAGUUCACAAGGGAAAGACACUUUUGAUAUGUAGGGAUGUCCAGUUGAUAUAACAGCUCUGAAGGAGAUCCCUUAUGAGGGUGGCAUCAGCCUGAAUUCAACAUCCUAUAUCUGAACAUCUGCAUAAAUUCCAGGUAUGUGCGAACUGUAUUGCACCUUUUGCCCUGCCCAGGGCCCAUGUCAGAUUUAUGUCUCUGCUGAUACUAUAGUGGAAGCCAUUUUACCUCUACUGCCUGGCAGGUGACCACCAGUGUGCACCACUCACCCAUUCCAGUGUAUUCAGGUAAGUGAAACUUGGUGUUCUCCUGUUCAUGGGAGGAAUUUGUAAAUAGCCUAAGCAUUUAUUCCUUUUUUUUUUCCUUUCUGAUGAGUUAGGCCAUGGACCUGACCCAGUUUCGCCCAGAGGACUCUGCUGGUGACGUGAAAAGAGGGACUACAUAUUUCAGGAUAUUGUUGGUCUCACAUGACUCUUGAUAGAGUUUGCCAGCCUUCAAAUCACCAACUGUGGGAACCAUCUGCCUCUUAUUGCCUUGCUGUGUUCAAUUACAAAAAAAGAUGGAAAAGACUGUUACGAAGCCAGAUGAACCUUUCUCCAGUCUUCCUUCAUUAUUUUUUUUUCCUUCACCAUUUAUCAUUUCAUAGUCAUUUAUGUUUCAUCGGUCCUCAUGUGUACUAGUGGGUUAUUUUACUUAUAAUCCCAGACAUCGUAUCAUUUAAUGCAUGGCCUCUUCAGAAUGCAAUUUUAAAAUGUAAAGGCUCUUUCAUAACCCCCCCAAAAAUCACACAAAUGUAUUUUAAAAUGUAAAUAUUUUAUCGCUUGUUUUCUCAGUUGUCUAAAACAAUGUGUUUCUUAAGGAAGAUCAUUUGUAUUCAGGAUCCAAAUGUAUAUUUAAUAGCUUUCAGUAGUUGUAUCUCAUAAGUCUUUAACCUACAGGUUCCAUUUACCUUUGUUUUCUUAUUUCUUGAAGUUGCUGAGUCAUUUUUUUAUUAGCAUUUGCUGUAUUCUAGAUUUGGCUUAUUGAAUCUCUGACAUUGUUUAACUUGUACACUAGAUGUUGAUGAAAUCGAUGAUUGAGAUUUUGUCCCAGCAGACAGGUGUGUGAUGGCAACAGUGAAAUAAAUACAAAACCUUCUUCCAACCCAGAAA